GAGCGCAUCUAAAAGUUGAGCAGACUGCAGGGUUUUAUGUAACCAUGUCUGAAAACUCUCAAGACCAGAGGGGCAGAUAGAUAGACUAUCAACCUUCCAGGCUUGGACUGCGCAGAUCUGUUUACCACAGCUGCAGCUUCACCUCCUCCUCCUCCUCCUCAGCAGCACAGGCUUCAUCACUUCUUCUUCUUUAUCCGGCGUGUACAGGUCAGGAGGAGACGACAUCCUGGAGCUCCAGCGCUACUCGUGGAGAUGCUUUUUUCUCAAUAAUGCACAGUCAUGAUGGGAGAGGGGCCGGAGCCAGAGGCGUCUCCCAGGCGCUUUGUGAAUGAUACUGUUAUGGAUAAAUCGGCUGACUAGACAAGUGAAGAGCUGGCUUUGGUAGACAGAAAUCACUUCCUGAUUAACCCUACCGAUCAGAAGAAGAACUGCGCGGCUGGCCAGCUGAAGGAGGAGGAGGAGGGAGAGAAAAAAUUGACACGUGGAUUACUCCUCCUCGGGCAUCAGGAAAAACAAGCCUCCCUCCUCCAGCCUAUCUUUGUGAGCACAUCAGCUCUGUCCCCGCGAGUCCUGUCUUACAGGUUAUGGGAUUCAUUUGAGAAAAAGCGUGACGUGUCCUCGUGGUUUCUUGCUUUCUUUUCUUUCUUUCUCAGAGGGUUUGCUUUUUUCUCUCUGAUCGUUUACUUUCUGACUGAUCGACCGGAAAGAGCCGAAGCGGUUGAGAGGGGGGCUGCUGUUUCCUCGCGUUGAAUGGCAGUAAUUCAAAAAUAUGGCAAGAACUAUAGUCCAGAUUUGGUCUGUCACAAGGAAAACCACCUGCCUGACAAGAUCGGAGCCCCUGGAUCUCACAAGAAGUGGACUGAACAGAACACCAGCUGGUCCAGGUAACAGAUUAGUUGAUCCAUUAGAGCUCUUAUCGUUUUUUCGUGUUUACUCAUAUCAUAGCAACUCAAAUAGCUCACUUAUCUAACCAGUUUUCCCCCCAUUAGAAACAGGAAAUGUUUCACUUCAGUCAACAAUGUUACUUUUUGCGACUUUUCUUGCACGAGGAAACAGGCGAGGUAAAUAGUUCUGGUAGUCAAAUGACACGUAUCACCCAUGGCCUUUCAGUGGGUAUGCCACAUAGUAUAUCAGGAAGUUGGUGGAGAAAUAAGUGGGGUAUCAUUGUUUUUUCACUUAUUUGAAACCAAAGAGUAAAUGACAUCUGAUUUAAUGUCAUAAAGUAAGAGUAAAAAUAACAUAGAAGCUAUUUUAGGCCAUGUUUGAUGUAGUUAAAAGUCCACCCAUCAGUUAGAUCAGUGGUUCUCAAGUCCAGUCCUUGAGGUCCACUGUCCUGCAUGUUUUUGAUGUUUCCCCACUCCAACACACCUGAUUCAAAUGAUCAGCUCGUUAUUAAGCCAUUACAGAGCUUGAUAACGAGCUUAUCAUUUGAAUCAGGUGUGUUAGAUCUAAAAGAACUAUCAUGCUUUGUUGUUGGAGAGCAACAUCUGAUAACUUAUCAGUUAGUUUUGGCUUCACACAAUUCAAUAACAAGCUUUCUUUCAAAAACUUUUACCUUAAUAACUGAAGAUUAAAACAUGAUAAAAACACAUUAUCCGCACAUUAGCGAGAAAGAAAAUUUGGAAGAACGUCUGAGUCAAUCAUAUUUGUCAACCAGAGAUGGUGUAACCCCUCACACAUGACGGUCAAGGAGAAGUUGUGUUGUCCAUAUAUUGAACUUUUGGCAACAUCUUAAUGGACCAAAGGGCCAAUAGUGGUGGACGGCUUCAGUCUCUUCGCUGCAGGACAGAAGGAUUCAGAAGAUCUUUUGUACCAACAGCCAUCAGACUUUACAACUCUUCUGUAAAUAGUAGAUGACUUUUAGAGACAUGAAAAAUGAGAUGACAGGCAAUUGAAUGUCUCUUCGAGGAUUAAUAAAGUUCUGCUUAUUCUUCAGCACGUCUAAAUGCAUGUCAAUAGCUUCUUAAUGAGUUUUAAGCUGGUUAGCAAACAGCGUAAAAUUAAAAUUGAUGUUUGUUUUGUACAGGUUAGCAGAGGUAAUUAAAAUGGGUACAAAUAAACAGUGCCUUCACAGGAGCAUUACACUUAAAACUUCUAUUUAUUUAACCUCUAAACUGGGAAAAAAAGUGAGGGCAUCUAAUAGUUACUGUAAGGACCUUUAAAAAAAAAAAAAAGACUUACACUGUACCGCCUAUCAUGCAAUUCAAUGUAAUUUUGCACUUAGGCACUCGUCUCUAACAAGCUGUACUGUGGCAAAUGGCACUUAAGACACCUUUAGCACAUGACACUCCAAUUAGCACUUUAGCUCUUUACAAUUCUCUUUUAAUGUUUUUGGUCCCCUUACUAUUGGUCACUUAGUUUUUGGUCUGUGUACAAGUGCAUUAAGUGCAUUGUUUUACUGUAUUAGUCAUGUUGUUUGUACUUUUAACAUUAUUGCUUUUAUGUUUAACAUCAACCUGCCACUGGAACUGGGGAUUGAAAUUCGCCAUUUGGCAAUAAUCCCACAUAAAACAUGUAAAUGUUCAUCAAUAUGUACUGUUCCCAUUUUUAAAAAUAAAUAAAUAGAACUAGAAAAUAGUUUCAGCAUGAGAAACUGUCGCAUUUUCUUUUUGCAAGAAGCUUCUUCUUAGUUGCGGCCUGUUAUCUCGAUCAUUUAUGUUUAAGUAGUGAUGAAACUGUGGUCUGUGCUGCCGAGCAGCUGCUCAGUCCUGUGUUUUAUAGUGCAACAAAAAAGACAGCAGCAGUUCCCUACCCUAGUUACAUAAGACAUCCCCUGUCAGGUGGCUUUAAGUCCAAAGUUUCUCCCUAAAUGCUGCCUCCAUUCAGCUGCACUCAAUCCACUCUCCCUCUCCUCUGUACAGGCCAGUGGCGAGGGUAUGGACGGUGGUGCUGCUGCUCGGGACCUGCCUCCUCUAUUGCGCCCGUGUGGCCAUGCCUAUCUGCGCAGUCAGCAUGGCAGAGCAGUUCAAGUGGAGCAAGAGGGAGUCCGGGAUGGUGCUGGGGAGCUUCUUCUGGGGAUACUGCUUCACUCAAGUGUUCGGAGGCUACGUCAGUGACAGGUGAAGAAGGCCUUUUGAAGUGAAACAUUAGCCAUGUUGAAAGGUGAUUCAAGGUGAGGGAUGUUUGAGUCUUUUGUGUUCACACUGAUGGCAGCUAUGAUAGGAGUACUGAUAUUUACUUGGCUCGUGUUCCAGCUCUCUGCUUGUGCGGUGUCAUUCUAACACAGAUCACUGCAGACAAUAAUGCGAGCAGCCCUUUUGUGUUUGCUUGGCUUUGACAGAUGAUGCAGUGUGGAGAGCCUGAUGAUCCCUCUGUAUUUGCAUGUUAAGUCUCUCAUGCUCUCAGUAUCAGAGAGAGGGCGUAUUUUAACCGGAAUCAAGCUGUACAUCAUUAUAUCUGCAGUCAAAGCAUGUAGGUUAAAUACAAUACAAACCUAUUGUUUUCUGUGUCCUCAGGGUGGGAGGGGAGAAGGUUCUCUUGCUGUCUGCAGCGGCCUGGGGGUCGAUGACGGCCUUCACCCCGAUACUGGCCCACUUCUGCUCCCAGCCGAUCCUCUCCAUGACACUGGCUCGCUUUCUUAUGGGCCUCUUACAGGGUAAGAUCGACAACUUCUGAAAGAGAGUAAAUGGAUUUCAUUUCUCUUGUCUUUAUUUCUCUUGGUAAUAACAAUCAUAUUCUAUUUUAUAUAUUUAGUCUAUUCUAUUUCCUUCCUUCAUUGUUCUCUUUGUUUCGCCUCUAACUUUCUCUUGUUCGGUGUCCUGGUUUUAGGAGUUCAUUACCCCUCCUUGGCGAGUCUGUGCUCUCAGAAGGUGGUGGAGAGUGAAAGAGGCUUCCUCAUGAGCACUGUGGGAAGUGGCUCUUAUCUGGGGUGAGUGGAGUGUUGCGCAACAAAUGAGAGGAUAGUGGGAAAAAAGAGUGUUUCUCUGAGAAACAGUCAGGAAGUGCAAAGAGGAGAACGGAUCUUUGAAAAAUUCCUUCAUUAAGUCUCUUGAAGGUGUGGACAAAUUCUUGGCAUGAUAACAGAUGCAAGUUUACUAGCUUUCAAAGUUUAGCUCAGGCCAUGUAUGUGUCAAAUCUAGUUUUUCACUAUGUUGAAACAUCUCGAUAAACCGUUGUGUUUAUGUCUUGCUGUGUUUUUAGCACUCUGGUGAUCGGAGGGGCCGGCUCCCUCAUGUUGGACCUGUACGGCUGGGAGAGUGUUUUCUACGUGUCCGGUCUGCUCUCCGUCAUGUGGGCCUACUGCAUGUGGAAAUAUCUGCUCAAAGGAGAAGGUGAGGGAGGUUGUUACAGUGCAGACAGUCUAUCCACUGUCUCUUAUCCUCUAGCUGCUUAUUUGUAUAAUUGAAGUCACUUGUUCACUGACCUGACCUGUGUUUGCCUGUGUUUGCAGGACCUAUCAUCACACUGGAGUCCCUGGGAAACAGUGGGCCCCAGUCCAAACUGUCCAAGAGACAUUGGCUCAGGCUUCUCAAGCAACCUGCUGUAUGGUGAGUUAAAGAGAGAGUUAGUGUGAGUGAGUGUGCGUGCAAACCUCAGUGUACAUUCUGUUUGUGUUUUGUACUCUCUGUCUAAAGGAGUUGCUGUUUUUUUUGUACUUGUACUCAGAAGAAUAAUCAAAUGAGUUUCAUCCAGUUGAAGAUAAUUAUACUGCAGUCUUUUCUCAGUAUUUUCAGACUGAAAGUUCUGAAAGUUUUCAAAGAUAUUCUUCUGCCCUGAAAAAGAUAGAAAAAGCGAUCUGUGAUGAAGAUUUCUUUUGUGUUUUUUCUCCUCUCCCUGUCAAGUGCGGUGAUCGUGACGCACCUUUGCACAGCUAGCACCUUCUUCACUCUUCUGUCAUGGCUGCCGACCUUCUUCAAAGACACGUUUCCAGAGGCUAAGGUAACCAGGACAUCCUUUUUGUCCUCUUGAUAACAUUUUGUGAUGCAUCCUCUGGAAAGCAUUAAUGUGUGAAAAAAGGUUGGUCUGGCAGUAGACACAGUGUUUAUUAUAAUUUGACCUGCUAAUGGAGCAAGGUGAAAAGUUAAAGCUCCUGUAAGGGGUUUUACACUGGUUAUGAAAAGGACUUAAAUUAACAGCGAUGUCUCUUCAUGGCUUGUAAAAUGAACAAGGCCACAAAAUCAAUUCUUUCUUUUUCCAGAGUUUUUUUUUUUUGUGUCGACCAUGAAUAUUUCUACACUGUUUUCUAGUUUUUAGAUGAUGCAUUUCAGUCUCAACCACAAUCGUGGACUGAUUGACCAACCCCAGUUAAAAACAACAACCAGAUACAUACCUUACAGGAAGCAGGAAAUUUUCCUCUAGAUGUCCUCUGCCAUCUCUGGUCAACUCUUUCAUUGUGUUGUCCCUCAAGGGUUGGGUUUUCAAUGUCAUUCCCUGGUUUGUGGCCAUCCCUUCCUCCCUCUUCAGCGGCUGCCUGUCUGACCACCUCAUCAGUCAAGGUAGGGCAUCUUAGGAUGAAACAGCAGAAUUAUUUCACUGAUGAAACAUUUGCCUGUGCUGACACAUCUCCAUAUCCCUGUAGGAUAUGACACGGCGUCUGUGAGGAAGUUGAUGCAGGUAAACCACAGUAUUUGCCUGUUUGUUUGAGCAGUAUUUAUUAAGUAUCACUGUGGGUUUGUCACUACUUUGUCUAUGCCAUGUCAUUGUUUCAUCUGUACACCUGUUUAGCUUAUAUAAGAGUUAAAUCUAUUUGUUUUUGUGUGCAUCUGUACCAGUUUUUCUCCAUGGGUGUGUCCAGUGUGUUUACACUUCUUCUGUGUGGCACUACCACCUUCCCUUGGGCUGUAGCGUUUGUGUCAGCCACAAUGGGCCUCACCACCUUCAGUCACAGGUACUGACACCCAGAAUGUCCUCAGAUUGGUGUUUUAGAUUUAAAUGUGUUGUUUCCCAUGGUGUAGUGAUAGAGAUGUGUCUUUUAUGUUUCUGUUUUCUCCUUCUUGGUACUUGUGUGGCACUAUCCUUUAUAUUAAAGAGAAAUCUAUUUGCAAAAAAGUCUGUAAUUUGGCUAACAACAUUACUUUUGGGCCCACCAAGCUCAACUAAACUUCACCAAGGAAGAUGUCACCGCAGCUUAGCUUAAAUUUGGACAGAGAAUACAGUUGUAGUGUUUGGUGAAUAGUUUUUUUUGCAAUACUGGAGCUCUGUGGUGCAAGAGGAAUUCAAAAUGUCCGGUUUUGCAGGAGGGAUGAAUUAAUUGUUGGUUGGAGGCUUCUCGUGGGAUUUAUCGGUAAUUAGACUUACAUAUAUACUUGCAUAUAUCAAUACACGGAUCUAAGUGUAUGUCAGGACAAAUUAACACACUUGAAUACCAAAAAAGUGAUGAGGGAAUAGUUGUGGUUGAGGGAACAAUUCAAUUAUAGAGAAGCAGCUAAGAGUGACGCAUCUCACUGUGAACAUCCAGGACACACAGUUGUCAGACUACAUAUCUAACAUGAUUCAAGGGCGUAGUAUCCAAUCCAAACUGCUUUAUUUAUAAAGCACAUUUUAAAAAAACAUUCAAGUUUGCCAAAGUGCUGCCCAGUAAAAUUAAAAGAACAAACACUGCAGAAAACAUCAAGAGAAAAUAAAUAAAUAAAAAGAAAUACCAUUUUUUUAAAGAAAUAAAUAAAAGCAGGUAAAAACUUUAAAGAUGAAAUAAAAUAAAUGAAAUAAAAACACAAAAGCUUAAAAGAAAUGAGUAAAAAAAGGACCAUAAGACAUAAAAGGACAGAGAUCACACAACUAUCAUGCUGAACUAAAAGCCAAGGAAUAUAAAAUGAGUUUUAAGACAUGAUUUAACAGUAGAAAGUGUGGGGGGUGUUUUAAUCUCGAGUGGCAAUUCGUUCCACAAUUUGGGAGCCACAGUUUUGAAAGCUUGGUUGCCAUGGGUUUUAAGCAGGUUUUCGGGAUAAUGAGUUGGAGCUGAUCAGCAGACUUCAAGGAACAUGGGGGGGUAUAAACACCUAAGAGGUCAGAGAUGUACUGUGGUGCUGAUCCGUUUCAAGGUUUAAAAACAAAUAAUACAUUUUUAAAAUGAAUUCUGAAAUGAAUGGGAAACCAGUGGAGGGACGCCAGUAGCAGUGCUAUAUAUUUUAUGUUAAAAGUUUUUUCAUAAAUGCAAUUCUACCUGUAAUUCUCUUCAUUAUAAACCAUAGAAAUGUUGAUGGAAACAGACAGGAAAUAAAAAAAGACAGCCACAGGAGAGAUAUAUUCUUUUCAAACUAGCUUAAAUCUAUGUGUUUAGUGCCAUUUCCUCCCCCAAAAGUCAAUUUGGCACCCUUUGAAAUGAUAUUUCUUGUGUUUCCUUUAACAGUGGUGUUUCUGUAAAUGUUCAAGAUCUGGCUCCUUCCUGUGCCGGAGCUCUUUUUGGUGAGUUCAGAGUUAUUUCUAGAAUUUAGCCACAAGCUUUUGAAAGAUUUUUUUUUUUCCAACUUUCAUUAAACACCCCAGCUCUAUUCUUACACAUCAUUUUUUAACGCACGGGUGAAAUUUUAAUCAGGUUUUAAAAUUUCAACAUGUGUGUCUGCCUUUCUUUUAACAGGUGUUAUGAAUACUUGUGGAGCUUUCUCAGGUGAGUAGAAAACGCUUGUGAUAAAUCUUUCACCAGCUGGAUAAGAUACUGUUUUUUUUUUUGUUCACGUUAAACAUGUAUCAAGCGAAAUUAUUCAUCCUCUUCUUUAAAUCUAAACUUUGAGCUGAUGUGUCUCCCGCCAAUCACCCCGGCUCCUAUGUGCCAUGCAUAUUUCAUCAAGGGAGUGUGGCAGUUUGUGUCAGAUGAAUAAAACAGGGGAUAGAAAAUGACAGUUAGUGCCCCUGUGAGGAAUGUGUAAUAGACUGUGACAUUUUCCCUAAAGAAGACUCAACAAUUACUUGAAAAUGCUGUGUACUUUUAGUUGAUAUGCCUUUAAUGAUGACUAUAUGUGAAUGUGUUUCUAUGCAGGGGUCCUGAUGGUGUAUUUCUCUGGGUAUCUAAUUGAGGCCACCGGCUCGUGGGCGACUGUGUUCGCCCUCAUCACCACAGUGAACCUGCUGGGCCUCUGCACUUUUCUGGCCUUUGCUGAGGCUCGGCGAGUUGACAUCGAGUCCAGUAAGGUGCGCCACCACAAUAUCCACAUCUAAAAAAUCUGUCAUCAGGGGGACAAGGAUGCUAUUCCCAAGGAGUAUAUACAACCUCAGGCAAGGAACAGUCUGCAGGACAUUGGAGAAAGAGUGCAUGGAUUGAGAGGCACACAUAUAAAUCCUGUGUGUAACAUCUGGAAAACUUAAAGUCGUCUCUGUAUGGAUGAGGAAUUACUGCAACAGUCUUUGAAAAGCACAAAGCAGAGUCUGCACAAUGUCACUGAAAAAUCCUCCACAGCGAGAGUGUUGAAUCCUAGAAAAAACACAGCUGUGUCAGAAGAUGCUCUGGCAGUUCAGGCUGUAACAGGAAAGGUUACAAGAAAAAAAGAAAUGUCUACACUACCUCCAGGUCCCAGCUUGUGCGGUGCAUGCUGGGUAAACAGUCGCUUGGAUGCUGUUUACCUUCAUCUUUUACUCCAGAAUGUGUCACAGAGAAUAAGAAAAGUCAUGGAAAUCGUAAUCUAGUGUGAUUGUGUGCGAGUGUGUGUGUGAGUGUGUGUGUUGGAGGAGCUAUGUGAGUGAUGGAUGUGUUAGUCUGACAGCUGUGACACACCAAGGUGGUGUGUUCUCACCCUGCGGGAAUGAAUGGGAGGCAGUGUGGCCACACGUAGCUGAUGCAGGGAGAGUCCAGCCUCUGUUAUCUGAGGUCUUUUUUUAGUGGGUCCCACUCAGCCGUCACUGAGAGGACUGUGUGAGUGACAGCUCAUUACACAGUCACUAAUUACUCUGCGGAGCUCCGUGUCCUGUAUAUGUCCUAUGUCCUGUACCAUUUACCUUCUAUAGUUACUGUUGCCGUGGUUACAGGCUUAUCUUAUCAUAAGAGUUUGGGGAAGGUGAUGGGGGUCAUGGGAACAGUAAUGUCAGCAAGACCUGGUUUUCCUCAUGAAUAAUGCGUUUCAGGACAGCAGACCAAAGGUUGUUAAUUAUUUCUAUUUUCUUCUUGUGUGAUGGCAUGUAAUAUAAAAUACCUCACUAAAUUAUUUUGAGUACUUAUAUAUUUAUACAUGGUUUCUUUCUUUUCAACUUGAUCUUUCAGCAAAGGAAUAUAUCUACAUGUUAAGUUGUUGAAUGAUGCUGAAUACGUAGUCCUUAAUCUUCACUUGUUCUUCCUUUAAGUCCUCUCUCAAAGGACAAAGGAGAUACUUAGAGGGUAAAGAAAGUUUUCCACACCCCACUUCUUUGUUUUUUCAGUUUUAUUUGGUUUUUCAUUCUUUGUUAUCGCACUUGACGUCCUUUACCUUUGUGCAGUGUCCAUAUGUGACAUUUAUUUGUUAAUUUGCAGCCAGAAUUGUUGUCUCACUGCUGUGUCGAACUGUGGCAAAUCCACGCAUCAGACUCUCCCUGACCUGAUGAAUGUUGCGUGACAGAUCAGGUGGUAUAAACCAAUGUCAUGGGUUAAUGAUGUGAUCAGCUGGAGAACAUAUCAAGUGUGGAUGUUACAGCGAUCGCGAUCAGCGUGUGUUGCGACAUGAAAGCUAGCUGCGUAGCUCCAGCUGAAUGUUUAAUGUGAACUUAGCUUUUCUCUUUACAGCACUAUUCAACAUUUAGGAGAUUUCAUUUACACUCUAGGAGCUUACUUGACACAUGAACUUUAAAUCUAUGCAUUUAUUAUUUUGUGCCUGAUUUAUUCAAUGUGAGACUUCUAGGAAAUGUGAGCUGGGGUCUUAAAGUUUUGUUUGUUAACAUUGUACAUCACUUCUAAGGAGAUAAUGAUUCAGUUCAAGCUUUCAUUCACAUGCACAGACUUACAGGCUCUUUCUCUUGGAUUUUUCCAUACACACUUACAAAAAUAUCCUUUUGUUGUACAUUUAAUUGAUUGAUGAAAUAUUAGAUAAUGUGAAUUUAUUUCCAUGCACAUGAUCAGUGAUAACCUAAAUUAAAUGUAAAGUAUUUUUGCCAUAUUUAGACCCUCGCUCCCUGACUGACAAAGGGAGUAGAGGAACAGUACAUUUUAUUUACAUCAAACCUAUUAGGAUUAUUUAUUUUCCCAUAAAUUAACGAUGUAGAAAUACUGAUUUCUUAAAAUGAAAUGUAUGCCAAAUGUUAAUUUCACUCUAUUUAUUUUUGUUUGUGUAGAUAAAACACGAAUCGUAUGCCUUGAUACUUCAGACGGACUAUCUACUGUAGACAGUGUCCAACCCACGCUCCUAUUUCCUCCGCUGUUUGCCUGCUUUAGCAUAUGUGUUACAUUUACAGCUGCCUUCACUUUCAGCUUGUCCUUUUUUUUGAUACUGUGUUACCAUCCUGCAAAAAAAUCAGAUAGUUAGAUAUGAUGUAGCCGGACUUUUGUUCACCAUCAUAUGCCUCCUGAAUGCCUUCUGAUGGGUCGUUUUUGAUGAUGUGAAAGAUCUGUUUGAGGAAAAAAAAGGUGUACUAAUGCAAAAAAAAUGCAGUAUUCUAAUGCUUUUAAUAUAUGUUGUAUUUAAAAGCCUAUAUUACCUUUGAAUAAAAAUAUAUUUUGUCAACAUUUGGGGUCAGUCUCAGUCUGCUGGACUACACUAUGUGCGUGUAUUUCCUCUGCAGGGCCACAAAGGGGCAGCAAUGUAUCAGUGACGAGGGGAGCAAUGUGACAGUGGACCACCAAAUAGUUUCUACAAAAUACAGAGUCAAGAGAGACCUUUAAGAAAGCAGCCUGACAGCCUUAAGAAAAGCUUAUUGAUGUGAAUUUCAACUUUCAGACAAAAGUAACCUGUAUUAGCCCCAGAACUGGAAAAAGACAAAAACCUAACCUAGAUAUAAAGAAGAACUCUGGACACCUUAAAUUUUCACAUGUAUCAGGUGCCGAACAGGUCCUCAUUCAGGUCUGUCCCGUUUAAACCAGCGGCUCACUAAAGGCCCGGGUCCUUAGUCCAGGCUAGCGCGACGUAUGUGGUGGCACCAUAUGGCAGGAUGCUGUGUGCCAUGUUGGCUAGCUGGCACUGCCCACGUGUGAACGGCCAGACGCUCGUCAACCCAGCCCACUCCUUCUUUCUCCUGGGACCGAGCGGCUCUGGUUACCAUGGAGACGGGCGGCUUGUAGCUACUGCUGUGGCAGUUAAGACGAAAGGGAGGGGAAUUGGGGGGGUCAUAAGGAGUGAAAGUAACAAGUCAGGUAAAAGUCAACGGAGAGUUGGCAGUCAAUUUGGUUUUUAAAGUUGGGUUCAUACAAAAAAAAAAUUCAACCUGGGUGUUAAAGAGGUGGUCGGUCACUUAUUGGAGUGGAGAAAAUGAUGCUGUAAAAGCAGACAUAAUCAUGAUGAGUGGCCCACUAUUUAAUUAGCUCAGAUGAAACAGUGUUCGGAGGAGAGGAGAGGAGACAAGAGGAGAGUGAAGGAGAGAUAAACCCUCCCCCAACUUGUGGGCUUGUUAGAGUAACCCAGUAAAGGCAGGGCCCCAUCAUAGAGCCACAGAUACAUGUAAAUGAAAUAGCCCCAUUAAUUAGUAAUUAACAUCAAGUUAAUGACAUUUCACUGUGUCGCCAUUUCAUCCUAUGUCCUUCCUCUGUGGUGGAGGGGCUGCCUCAGCGGGCCCCUGAUCUGAAUGCUAAUUAGCGCAGAGCUACGGUGCCGUACAGGGCUACCUAAUGAUAUAGAGGCCCAGUUUAAGAGUGGUCAUUGUGUGAGAAGGAUUAAUCACUUUAUAGUAGUAGAUCAGGAGCUUUAUAAGUCUGACACUCCUUAGAGGGCUGUGAUAUUGAGGGCCAUUGACAGGUUUUAUGUGCUAAUUGCGUUGCGCCUGUUAGCUAAUGUUGGGUUAUCCCUCAUGAAUUGGAACUACUUUUAUCCAUUCUCCUACUUUUCAAAGA